CUAUAAAUUCUUGGAAACUUGUAAGACUAUUUACAUCGGUGAGUUCGGUAAUUACAUGAAAAUGUAUUCACGACACGAUACCGUCUGCUAUCUAAAUGUAUGCAUAAAAAAUAGUCGCAGCCUUUGGCAUUUUAAAGGAAACAAAGCCAUGUUAUAGCCGAGAAAAAGAAUUAGUAAUUUCAGGGAAGGGGAAGUUUUUUAAAACGCAUGCGCGAAAGCAACGCGUGCUGUAUACAUAUCAACAUAUAUAUGUUAUGUUAUUAUUCACUGUUAUUUUGGGCGAUUCGUAUCAUUUGUCAUUCAGUCUCUUCUGCGGCCGGUAGAAUCGUACAUGGUCUCCCUGUAAUCGGAGAUUACAAGAAUGACCAAUAAGAAAUUGGAUUUACACUUGAAUGGUACAAAUGUCAUAGCGACAAAUAAAAAUUAUGCUGCCCCAGUGAGGUUAUGGAAUAAGUUACAAAUAAAUGAGUGGACUUUCAGUUUUCUGCUCUUUUUAAUGUCAUUAACUGUCGUUUUAGGGAAAUUGUAUAUUAACUACGGGAAUAUUUUGCCGUCAAAAAGUAAUUCUAUGUUUAUAAUGUCGUCAACGUCUGUAUUUUCAAACAUCUCCAAUGUAUUCGAUAUGUCACGCAUACCUGAUGUAUCAGAGUUCAGUGCGAAACAUUUAACAUCUGUGAGUGAAAAGUUUGUUAACAUUGGUCAAUACGAUGAUGUUGUAAACGUAACGACUUCGUUCUGUAAGACGUACGGAUGGAUAAUAAAAGCAGCAAUAAGUGGUCUUAUAAUGAUGGGUUUUACUUGGUUUAUAAUUUACAAAGAUAGCAGUAUUCCUGGAAUCAAUCCACCUUCCCCCUUUAGCCCUACUAAACGAAGAUUUUCCAAGGCACCUGGAGUACAAUUAAAUUAUUUGAUUGGAGUAUUAAAUGGAAUCUUAAUUUUUGUCUAUAUGUGUCUUUAAUGUUGCAAUAUUACUGUGACGGUAUACCUGUGUGUCUGUAAUUUGCCUAACUACUUAUUGUACAACAUUCUCCAGUGUUUAUAUUUAUUUAUUAUUAUUUCUGUUGACUAAUUCUUAUUCUUGAUUAUUAAUUUACUAUAUUUAAGAAUUAGAUUGCUGUAUUAAGUAUAUAAUUUAUAUUGUCCGAAAUUCAAAUAUUUUUCGUAGAAAAAUGAAAAUUGCAGAGUGAAUGUACCGUUUGUACAUAAUGAGGUCAUAUGUUUGAGUAGAAAGGUAGUAUUUUCUCAGAGAAGCAUUUUUUGAAGUAUGAAAAUAUUAAUGUUAUACCCAACUGAUAUUACUAUGAGGAUAAGAAAAUGUUAUUUAGCGAAAGAAAAUAUUACUUGCAACGAAUUUGAUCAGAAGCAUAAUGUGGAAGACUAUAAUAUGCAAUACUGUAUUAUAUAGAUAGAAUUUUAUAAUGUACAAAUCCAUUGUACUAUGUUGUAUGAAUCCUUUUCUGUAUUAUUUAAUGUCCUUACUACGUAAGACUGAUUGAAUGUCCCGAAAUUCUUUAUUUAUUGAAAAAUUAAAGUAAGCUCUGAAAAGUUAUACUUGAAAGUAUUACAUCUAGUACCUCCUGGUGUCGAGUAUUUGUUUAAUGUGCACUUGUAUCUCUUUAACUAUCAAUACAAAUAGAAUAUUUUUGUAAACAAAUGGAAUGUAUUAUUGCUCCUUAGAAACUUCACCUCGAUGUUAGCGAAAGAGAGAAUCUUCUAAC